GUCGGAAGUGGUAGCGAUGGGGCCUCAGCCGUGACUGAGCGCGAAAGCUCGAACGGCUGUGGCGGGACACCCGAGACCGCUGGCACGGAGAGACAAGGGGGCCGGGGUCUGGCCUGGGGUCUGAGGAACGGCGCUAGCGGCACCGGCGCUUCCAGUUCCUUCAGAGGGAAGCUCUCGUGCGCUGAAGGCCAUGGCAGGAGAGGUGGUGACUGAGCUUCACCUAAAUGUUGAAGAUCCCAAAUUGAACACAAAGGAAGAAAUUGAUUCAGACAGUGGGCAGAGCAGCUGUGAAACAGGGUCUCCAGGACAUUCUAACACAAAGAACACACCCCUGAUUGAAAGAGACUCAGACGAAGAGAUCUUUGUGAGUAAGAAAUUGAAACGUAACAAGUUUCUCCUGCAGGACAGUGACAGUGAAGAAGAGGACAGAGAUGUCCUUCCUAAGAAGUCUGACUAUGACAAUGCAGAACUGGAAAGUGGGGAGAAUAAAGAAAACAUAUAUGCAGGGAAAAAAGGGAAAGCACGAAAGAUUUAUCAGACUCUGAAAGACAGUGAUGAGAGUGACACUGAGGAGCUACCAUAUCAGAAGAACCUUGACAGCCGGAUGAUGAUUCCUUUGGCUGAAAGUAGCUUGGAUCUGGGUUUGCAAUCCCCAGAGUCUGUGACCUUGCCAACAGGUGCUAGGAAAAGGUUCAAAGAAUGUACUCGAGCUAAAGAAGAUACUGAAGGGAAAACAAAAGGGAGGUCACAGAGAAGGCUUGAGAAAGAAGCCAAAAGGAUGGAAGUGAUUAGUCGGCUGAAAAAAAAGGAAAAUAAAAAUGAGGAAGAUGAAACCAAACAACCUUUCAAUGAUAGUGGCUGUCUUCUUGGAGAUAGUGACCUUUUUGAGACUGGUUUGGAGGAAGAUCUCCCACCAGAAGAUGAAGAAUCAUUAGAAUCCAUACGAGCUUCUGUGAAAGGCAAAGUCAAAAAGCACAAGAAAAAGGAGCUGUCUUUGGAAAGUGGGGGCUGUUCAUUUGAAGAUGAAAAGGAGCUGUCAAAAGGAAUGAUAAGAAAGGAGAGAAAGGCGGCCAAGCUAAGUAAGGAAGCUAUGAAAAGGCUACAUAGUGAGAGCCAACGCCUUAUUCGAGAGUCUGCCCUCUCUCUUCCCUAUCACAUGCCUGAAAACAAAACCGUUCAUGACUUCUUCAGAAGCAAGCCUCGACCUUCCGGCCAGGGAAACGCCAUGGCGCUGCUGAAGUCCUCUAAGUAUCAGGCAGCCUUCAGUAAAGAAAUCAGCACCACUGCUAGCUCAAGUGACAUCAGCAGCACCAGCCACUCCAGAGGCUCUAAUCAAAUGGCGACGGGCCCUGACCUGGAAACUGAGAACAGCCCACUGCCCUUAGCUCCCCAGGCCCCUGCCAACUCUGCUGACCAGCCUGCUGGUGAGGCUGGCACAAGAGAGGAGUCAGGACGCUGUGGGGGUCGGGGGCAGAAGGAACUCGUGGAGGCCCCUACUAGCCCUUCACCCAAGGACAGCUCAGAGUGUCAGGAGGAAUCUGGCGUCUUCAGGAGUAAGGAGCCAGCACAGAUGGAAUUGAGGGCCCCUGUGGCCCUUGAACUCAAUGUUCUAGAGGAAGAAGAAGAGCCUCAAGAUCCUAACAAAACAAAGAGCAAGGUAGAUGACAGCAGGCAACAAGCUGUGGGAAAGGCCACUAUUACAUCAGAAAAAGGAAGGAAGGUCAGCUUCCUGGAUAAACUCCAGCGACUGGGAGUAGAUCUCUCCAUUAAGCCAAAGCUAGGGGCAGAUGAAGAUUCUUUUGUGACUCUUGACGAGCCUGAACCCAAUAAAGAACUGGAAGCUUUAAAGGAACGUUUCUGGAAGCACGCAUGUCCCACAGCCAAGGCCCAAACUGUGUCUGAACGAAAAAUGAACCUGAACAUUAUAGUGAAGGAGACUGGUGCGGAUGGCAAGGAAGAGCUGAAGGCUGAUGUGGUCCCCCUGACUUUGGCUACAGAAAAAUUAGAUGGAAUGAGCUAUGCAAAACCAGGUGAGAAGCUACAGGUGCUGAAAGCAAAACUCCAGGAAGCAAUGAAACUCCGAAGACUUGAGGAGCGCCAGAAGCGGCAGGCGUUGUUCAAGCUGGAUAAUGAGGAUGGGUUUGAGGAAGAGGAAGAGGAGGAGGAGGAGGAGGAGAUGACAGAUGAAUCAGAUAAGGAAGAGGAGGAGAAGGAAGAAGAAGAGGAGGAGGAGGAGGAGGAGGAAGGCAAUCAGGAGACAGGAGAAUAUUUUCUUGAUGAUGAAGAGGUAGAAGACAAGGAUAUGAAAGAGGAAGAUAAAGAAAUGGAUAAGGAGAACAUUAUUGACAGCACAGAAAUUUUCAAGGCUGUUGAUUGUAGUUCUAUUCCUAAGCCUCCCACUUUGGAAUCUACCUUGCUCCUGUUCAAAGACAGCUCUUCCAAAAUGGGAUACUAUCCUGCUGAAGAAAAAUCUGAGACUGAUGAAAGUAUAGGCAAAAGACCUAGUAAACUAGAAGAAGAUGAUUCAUGCUCAUUGCUAACAAAGGAGAGCAGCCACAACAGCAGCUUUGAGAUGAUCGGCUCCAUGAUUGCUCCCUAUCAGCCUUGCAACAAGCAGUCAGGUCGUGGGACUAGUUUCCCCCCUGGGCUGGGGGGGUUCCGAUCCCCCUCCCCUGGGUUAUUUCGAGCAAGUUUGAUGAGCUCGACUUCCAAGAGUUCAGGGAAGCUGUCUGAGCCUUCCCUUCCCAUAGAGGAUUCCCAGGAGCUGUAUAACGCCUCCCCGGAGCCGAAAACUCUCUUCCUGGGAGCAGGAGACUUCCAGUUCUGUUUGGAAGAUGACACUCAGAGCCAACUGUUAGAUGCAGAUGGGUUCUUAAAUGUUGGAAAUCAUCGAAAUAAAUACCAGGCUUUGAAAUCACGGGUGCCUUUGGCCAGUAUGGAUGAGAAUGCCAUGGAUGCCAACAUGGAUGAGCUGUUGGAUUUGUGUACAGGAAAGUUUAAGGAUGAAAAACCUUUGCCUGAGAAGGAUGACAGAAAGGAAGACAUGGAGGAACUUUUGGGUCUUUGUUCAGGGAAAUUCACUUCUCAGGGUUCUUCAACUCCUGCUCCUUCAGAGUCCUCCAAACAGGAGAAGGACAUGAACACUGAUGACCCAAUGGCAGAAGCCCUUGCUCUUUGUUCAGGGUCCUUCCCAACAGAUAAGGAACUGGAAGGUGAAGAAGAAGAGGAGGAGUUUGGUGAUUUUCAGCUUGUCACUGAUAGCAAUGUGUUUGAUAGUGAAGAAGAGGAGCAUUCUGAAUCUGACAACGAAACUUCUGAAGCCCAGGAAGAUGAUGAAGCUUCUGAAGCUCAGGAAGAUGAUGAAGCUUCUGAAGCCCAGGAAGAUGAGGAAGCUUCUGAACUGGAAGCCCAUGAGGAAGAUGAUGAUGAGGAAGAACUCUUGAAGCAAUCUGAAAGACAAAAAAGACAAAUGAGGCUGAAGAAGUACCUGGAGGAUGAGGCUGAGGUGUCAGGGAGUGAAGUAGGAAGCGAGGAUGAGUAUGAUGGGGAGGAGAUCGAUGAAUACGAAGAAGAUGUAAUUGAUGAAGAGCUUCCCUCAGAUGAAGAACUGCAGGAUCAGGUCAACAAAAUACACAGGAAAGCUAUGUUGGAUGAUGACAAGCGACAAUUACGCUUAUACCAGGAGAGGUACCUUGCUGAUGGAGACCUGCACAGUGAUGGCCCUGGACGAAUGAGGAAAUUCCGUUGGAAAAAUAUCGAUGAUGCUUCCCAGAUGGACAUGUUUCACAGAGACUCUGAUGAGGAUCAGAAUGAAGAACAGUUUGAUGAAACAGAAGCCAAAUGGAGGAAAGAGCGGAUUGAGCGAGAACAGUGGCUUAGAGACCAGGCUCAGCAGGGGAAAAUUACAGCUGAAGAGGAUGAUGAAAUUGGAGAAGAGAGUCAGUUUAUGAUGCUGGCUAAGAAAGCCACUGCCAAAGCACUUCAGAAGAAAGCCAACCAUGUCACUGGUGCUCAGGAAGCAAAAACCUUGCCCAGAAGUCCCUUUGAAGCCAUCAGACCUGGAAGUGCCCACCAGCUGAAGACAGGCUCACUGCUGAAUCAACCCAAAACUCUGCUGCAGAAGUUAUCUGCCCUCUCUGACCUCAACCCUAGUGCUCCUCGAAACUCUAGGAAUUUUGUCUUCCACACACUCUCCCCAGUCAAGAAUGAGAUGGCAAAGGAGCCUGCUAAGCCUCAGGUGAAGAGAAAGGGCAUACCUUUGGCCUCCCCAUCUCCCAAGCACUUCAAAGCAAAUGGCACUUUAGGAUCAAACCGGAGCAUCUUUAAGUACUUGGAAAGCUAGCUAUGUGGGGAUUUGGUGCCAACCUCCACCUCGAGUCAGAAUCAGAAGUUGCCGUGGGAUAUUGCUGUCACCGAGGGGUGCCAUUGAUUACUUCUCAUCUGCUUUCCUCUUCCUAGUCAGCACAUUAAGAAGAAACUUUGAGGACUGAGCCCAGUACUUUGUGCAAAUGUGGCUUGUCUUUUCUGCUGUAUCAUACUCUGGAUUGGCCACAGGUCUGUUGCUGCAGUGCUUGGGCUCUUGGUUCUGAGACAAGCGGUUCAAGCCGUCCUUCCUCUGUCACCACCCCAACAGAGGCCUAUCCUGGCAGUCGGGAAAUAGAUAGAGAAAUUAUAAUCUAAAGAAGUAUAGUAUUGAGGAAGAAAUCAGUGUUAGUGGCAGUGACACUGGCAAUCAUUAUGGCAGAAUUCUGUACUCUU